AUGGAGCCCGCCGGCCCGGCCCCCGGCCGCCUCGGGCCGCUGCUCUGCCUGCUGCUCGCCGCGUCCUGCGCCUGGACAGGAGCGGCCGGCGAGGAGGAGCUGCAGGUGAUCCAGCCUGACAAGUCCGUGUCGGUGGCAGCCGGAGAGACGGCCACUCUGCGCUGCACCCUGACCUCCCUGCUCCCUGUGGGGACAGUCAGGUGGUUCAGGGGGUCGGGUCCAGGCCGGCAGUUAGCCUACAGUUUCAAAGGAACAAAAGACGAAGGCCCCUUCCCCCGAGUGACCAGUGUCUCAGAUCCCACAAUCAGAGACAACAAGGACUUUUCCAUCCGCAUCAGUAACAUCACCCAAGCAGACACUGGGGUCUACUACUGUGUGAAGUUCCAGAAAGGGAGCCCUGACACAGAAGUGAAGUCGGGACCAGGCACGCAGGUCACCGUGAGUGCCAAACCCUCUCGCCCUGUGGUAUCGGGACCCACAGAGAGGGCCAUCCCUGGGCAGACGGUGACCUUCACCUGCCAGUCCCACGGCUUCUCCCCCAGAGACAUCAGCCUGAAGUGGUUCAAAAAUAGGAAACAGCUGCCAGCCCCCCAGCCCAACGUGGACCCCCCAGGAGAGGCCGGUUCCUACAACGUCUCCAGCACAGCCACGGUGCAGCUGGCGCCGGGGGACGUCCGCUCCCAGGUCAUCUGCGAGGUGGCCCACGUCACCCUGCAGGGCGGCGGUCUUCAUGGGACAGCCAACUUGUCUGAGACCAUCCGAGUUCCGCCCACCUUGGAGGUUUCCCAGUAUCCCGCGGCAGGGAACCAGGUGAAUGUCACCUGCCAGGUGAAGGAGUUCUACCCCCGGAACCUACAGCUGACCUGGUUGGAGAAUGGAAACCUGUCCCGAACAGAAAAGCCCUCGACUCUCCUGGAGAACAAGGAUGGGACCUUCACCUGCACGAGCUGGCUCCUGGUGAACGCUUCUGCCCACAGGGGGAAUGUGGUGCUCACCUGCCAGGUGGAGCAUGACGGGCAGCCCGCGGUCUCCAAAGCCCUCACCCUGGCGGCCUCAGCUCACAAGGACAAGCAGGACACAAAGCCAAACCCUGAAAACCAGCCUAAGGACUUUAAAACCGUCUUCAUCGCAGUGGGCGUGGUGUGUGCCUUGCUGGUGGCCCUGCUGAUCGCCACCCUCUACCUCCUCCGGAUCCGGCAGAGAAAAGCCAAGGGCUCCACUUCUUCUACAAGGUUGCAUGAGCCCGAGAAGAAUGCCAGAGAAAUAACCCAGAUCCAGGAAACCAACGACAUCAACAACGACAUCACAUAUGCAGACCUGAACUUGCCCAAGGGGAAGAAAUCUGCGCCCCUGGCUGCAGACCCCAACAACCACACGGAGUAUGCCAGCAUCCAGACCGGCCCCCCGCCUGCAGCCGAGGACACACUCACCUAUGCCGACCUGGACAUGGUCCACCUCAACCGGGGCCACAAGCAGCCAGCUCCCAAGCCUGAGCCGUCCUACUCGGAGUAUGCCAGUGUUCAGGUCCAGAGGAAGUGAAACGGACCGGCGCCAGCUCUAGGGUCUGUUCCCGUGAGCCUUCCUGUCCCACACGGGGCAGCCGUGAUGAGAACAGCCAGCCCAGCUCCUGGAGGGUCGGGGUGGCACAGGCCCUGGAACCCAAGGGUGAGGGUGGCUCUUGUCUCCCCAACCCUCGGCUUUCCACCAUUUCAGGGCAGCCACACCCCCGGUGUUGCUAGACAGGGAGGCUGAUUUUGCCAAACCAGCCAGGGAACCUGGGAAGUGGCCAGAGUUGCCACUGGGGGUCCAAGAACUCUCAUGCCUCUCUCCAUCAACCGUGGGUCUUCGUCAUGGUCUUCGAGACCCUUGCUUGCCUCCUUGAUGCUCUGCAGUCUGAUCUUCCAGGGUGAGGAGAGAGAAAACCCCAUCUCCUCCCCCCACGCCCACCACCACCCAAUGGGGCUUUGGGAAAAUGUUUUCCCUUGAGAACGAACUGCCCUCUCCUCGGGGAAGCUGGACAAACUCUGGGACCUGCAUCCCGAGACUUGGGGUGGUCGCUGCCAACAGUCCUGGCCUCCCCAUCCCUGGACUGAGAACCCCCUGCCCCGGGGGAGGAGAGGACCCUUGGGGAACCCCACCACCACCACCAUGGACCCGCGUCGUCCUCGUGUCCCUCCGAGCUCCAUGAGGACCCGUCAUCCCAACUGUGACAUUCCAUGGGGCCCCGCCUCCUCUCUAGACCCGAGCUUGCUUCCUCCAGCUAGCACUAACUCAGCAACAUCCCGCUGUGGACGCCUGUAAAUUAUUGAGAAAUGUGAAACGUGCAAUCUUGAAACUGAGGUGUUAGAAAAUUUGAUCUGUGGUGUUUUGUUUUGUUUUUUUCUUAAAACAGCAGCAACGUUCUCUCGGCUCUUUGUCAUGUGUUGAAACCCAUGGUUGGGUCUUGUGCUGUCUAAGGUUUAAGAGUCGGUGGCCAUGGAGGGGUUUUCUCAUAGCAGAAACCGAGCUCCUCCAAGUCCCAGAGGCCCAAGGAUGGGAAGAAGCCUCUCGUGGAAGAAGGCUCAGCCUUCUCUCAGGACUCGGUUGGCCUUGUUCCCAGUCGAGCCACGUGGCCGGGAGCACUGCCUUCCGUGACCCCUGUGUGGUAAGUCCAGGCUUGCCCAGUGCUGCUCCAGGCUGCUCCUCCCCAGUAGUCUUGUUGAGACCUGAUGCCUCAGUCUGUGCGCCAGGAAGGAGGGGAGCAGAAGGUGUUCCCCCACACUCUCAGCACUUUAGGGCUGUGCAGGGUCAAGAAGCUGCACCUGGCUAUUCCCCGAUCCCUUUCCCCAUCCCAGUUCUCUGAACUAAUCCCUGCAGAGGGAAUCUUCUCCCCUCUGCUCUCAAACCCAGUCAGGAUCAAGCUGGAAUAAAUCCAAGACAGCCGGGAGGACAGGGCGGCAGCGACGCCAGGACUGACCCGCCUCCUGUCCCUUGGCUCAGGAGACUGGGCAGAGGUACUGACCUAUGACCCUCAAAUUUUCCCUUCCAGCUCAGUUUGGAGGCUGCCUGGGCCCGGGGCAAGCAGACGUUGCAAGUCCUGUUUAUUGGCCUCACGUAUGAUCAUCAAAACUUAGUGUUGAGAUGCUCAACUUCACACCCCUGGUUUGACCAUUUAAUGUCCGAGGGGUUCCUGGCUCAGGCAGGCAGAGCAGGGGCUGAGUCUUCCCUGCCCAUCAGCAGGUCCUACAGGUGAACUUCAGGAGCUCAGCACAGGCCAGCCCUCUAGGGGACAGUGAUCUGGUGUUUGACAUGAUGGCAUCCAGGAAUCUGCUGAGCCAACAGGCCAUGUGGGGUGCUCUGGCCCUAUGAGCCAGUUUCUCGGUGGCAUCUGGGAGCACAGUGGCCCAGCCACCUGGCUUGGGCUGUUUCCAAAUUACAAAGGGUUGGCUUGUAAACUUGAAUCUCCCUCUUUUCUGCCCAGAGAGAGCACACGUGCUUGAGCACUCGCACACACGUGCGUGCACACAUACAUGCACACACAUAGGAUUUUAAAAGAAUGUUUUCUUGGUGCCAUUUUAAUUUCAUUUCAUUUUGAAUUUUGGAAGGGGAAUAAAGGUUUCCAAGGAAGUCUUGUAGCUUUAGCUCCAGCCUGGCAGCCUGGAGAUUCCCAUACCUUGUGUAUCGAAGCCCAGGAAAAGGAAGAGGUCGAAUCAACAGUGUGGACGGAGCGUGGUUUCGGGAGUUUAUUUUAAGACUGCUGGGAAGGAAACAGGCCCCAUUUUGUAUAUAGUUGCAACUUAAACUUUUUGGCUUGCAAAAUAUUUUUGUAAUAAAGAUUUCUGGGUAAC